UCUUAGUAGGGAAGAAGAGAAACCCAGACGGCGGAAAUGAGCGAAGGCUUGAAUGACGGAUCUGUGUUUGGGGCAGUGUCAGGGGAACAGGGGUCGUUUUACAUUUUCUAAUAGCGCGGAUUUACAUCUACACAGAAUAUCUGUAGAGAAGUGUGUGGUUAUGACAGAUCAGAGAUUUAUUCAGAUGUUUAUAAUCACCUGUCAUCAUCGGUAAGCAGCCGAUAAACAGGUGUGUUUACAAAACCGUUCUCACAUGAAAAUGGACCGGAAAACGGGUGUGUCUGGGAGUAGAGCCAGCUGGUCGAACAGUCAGUAGUCUCCACUUUCUAGUCCAUGACCAGACCUCAAAAUGGGACAAAGAAGGAGAACUGAUGUCCGGUCUCGGGUACCCUGUCCAUCUGACACACAGCCCUUCAGUCCACACACACACUCCUCCACAGAGACCCCUCCUGAUACACACACACGCUCCUCCAGCAUGUCCGGGUGUCAUGGAUACCUGCAGAGCAGAAAGCACAGCAUUUGCAUGGUGUCUGACUUCUUCUACCCCAACAUGGGUGGUGUGGAGAGCCACAUCUACCAGCUCUCACAGUGCCUGAUAGAGAAAGGCCACAAGGUGGUGAUAGCCACACACGCCUAUGGCCACCGGCGUGGAGUGCGCUACCUCACCAAUGGACUGAAGGUGUAUUACCUCCCCCUUCAGGUGAUGUAUAACCAGUCCACAGCCACCACCUGCUUCCACAGCCUGCCGCUGCUCAGGUGUGUGUUCCUACGUGAGCGUAUCACUGUGGUUCAUGCCCACAGCUCCUUCUCAGCCAUGGCCCAUGAUGCUCUGUUCCAUGCCAAGACCAUGGGUCUCAACACUGUGUUCACUGACCACUCGCUAUUCGGAUUCGCCGACCUCAGCUCCGUGCUGACCAACAAACUGCUUACUGUGACUUUGUGCGACACCAACCACAUCGUGUGCGUGUCCUACACCAGCAAGGAGAACACUGUGCUGAGAGCUGCCCUGGACCCCGACAUCGUCUCUGUCAUCCCCAAUGCAGUCGACCCCACCGAUUUCACACCUGAUCCCAGUUGCCGUGACGAAAGCAAGAUAACCGUCGUCGUAGUAAGCCGCUUGGUCUACAGGAAAGGAAUUGACCUGCUGGGAGGAAUCAUCCCAGAGCUGUGCGCCAAGCAUCCGGAUCUCUGCUUUCUGAUUGGUGGAGAAGGUCCUAAGCGCCUCGUUCUAGAAGAAGUUAGAGAGAAAUAUCAGCUUCAUGACAGGGUGCGUCUGCUGGGGGCUCUGGAUCACAAGGAUGUACGGGAUGUGCUGGUGCAAGGUCAUAUCUUCCUGAACACAUCAUUAACUGAGGCCUUCUGCAUGGCCAUCGUAGAGGGAGCCAGCUGUGGCCUGCAGGUGGUGAGCACUCGUGUUGGAGGUAUCCCAGAGGUUCUCCCUGAUGAGUUGGUGACUCUGUGUGAGCCGACGGUCAGCUCCCUUUGUGUUGGCUUGGAAAAGGUCAUCGCCAAGCAACGUGCAGGCGAGGUGCCCUCACCUGCAUCCAUCCACCGGCAGGUCCAAACUCUCUACACCUGGAGAAAUGUCGCUGAGCGCACAGAAAAGGUGUAUGACCAUGCGUGCGGGCAGCCAGUUCUGCCCUUACCUACUCGACUACGGAGGCUGCGCUCUCACUGCGGCGCAGUCGCGGGCUCUAUAUUCUCCUUUGUGGCCGUCAUUGACUUCCUCUUCCUUCUAUUGCUGCAAUGGCUUUGGCCCGAUGACCUCAUGGAUGUUGCUCUGGAUGCGACAGGGCCGGCUGGUCAUUAUCAGCAGGGCUUUGGAAAGGAAGAGAGUAAAGACCUGAAUGCAGCACGGUGUGCUGUUGCUGAUACAAGACAGUUAAAGUGUUAGUGUGAUCAGCUUCUGAUAUCUGGAACCAUGUUUUAUCCUCCAGAGAUUCUAAACAAGUUUACAUUCCAGUGAAAGUGUCUGAUGCAACUGUGAUCAACUUCUUUAUUUCACAAAAUCUCUGUAAUACAUCUGAUCUUGGUCCAGAAGACUAAAUGCAUCCAUCCUCAUUUAUUAAAACA